GGGAGGGAGGAGGGGUUAAAGAUUGGGAGGUGUAGAUUGCAGACAGAGCAGACCUGGGGUUGGCUGGAUCGUGAUAGCGACAGAUGUCCAGAGAAGUGCGAGGGGCACUGCUCGGGUACAACACGCUGCACCUCGGAGAGCAGGGGCGGAAUCUGCAGCUGUCACUCCCGGAAGACUUUCUUCUUUUUUACCUCCGUUAUCAUCGCAUCCGCUCUGCUACUGGCAAGGAAAACCAACCAGUUUCCCUAAAUAAGGAGCCAUCAUGGGAGGCAAAGUGAGCAAAAAGAAGAAAGGAUAUGAUGUAAGCGACCCAAAAAACAAAAAGGAUGAAGCUGCAGCAACAGAUGCUGGUGCAGGAGAGUUUGCUAAAGUGGAGGAUGGAGCCCCGCCCUCAGCCGGGGAAAAUGGUGCUGUGGAGGAGACAGUUGUGACUACAGCAGCAUCUGAAGCAGAAGCUGCUCCAGAGGAUCCUAAAUCUGCACCUCCAGACAAAGAAGCUCCCGAAACAAAAGAGGAAGAACCUCCAGAACAGAAAACCGCAGACGCCAAAGCGGCUCCAGUGGCAGAGGAACUUGCUUCGGUAGCAGAAGCCCCGGCUCCUGCUGUGGAGGAAAAAGCUGUUAAAGCAGUGGAAACAGCUCCUGUGGCAAAAGAUCUGGUGGCAGAGAAAUCAGUUGUGGAGGAAAAAGCUGCAGCAGCAGAAAAGGCUCCAGAAGAACAAAACUCUGCUCCUCCUCCAGAAGAACCAUCUGCUGUCUCAGAACUGAAAAUAUCAGCUGUUGAGGCAGCUUCAGUCAUAGAAGCACAGGUUGCAGCACCAGAUGAUCCAGUUCCUGUUGAAGACCCAGCCCAAGCCGAACCAGAACCAGUUGAAGAGAAACCAGUGGCAGCAGGAGUCGAGAAGCAAGUGGCUGCCGCGGUCACAUCAGAAGAACCUGUUCAAAUUGAGGCUGAGCCUCAAUCUCCAGCUGAACAUGAAGAGCCCCAUGUAGAGGAACAUCCUCCAGCUGUGAUGUCCGUACCAGAGCCAGAUGUUGUUCUAGCCCACACAGAAGCAGGACCCAUCAAUCCCGAGCCAGAACCUAUCCAAGAGACUGUUACAGAGACAGAAGGAGCUCCUACUGCUGUCCUAGAACCUGAGCCAGAGGCAGAAGUUUUAGUAGAAACGGUGCAGAGUCUGGAGGCAGAUCCUAGGGAGGAGGAAGCAGCAGAGCCCGUAGGAGAACCAGAGCCAGAGUCUGUGGAGGCACCCAGCCCAGAACCUGAAGCACAGCAGUUUGGACAACCAGAACCUGAGCAAGCGACGCCUGCCACAGAAGAACAACCAGAACCAGAGCAAGCAACGCCUGCCACAGAAGAACAACCAGAACCAGAGCAAGUGACGCCUGCCACAGAAGAACAACCAGAACCAGAGCAAGCAACGCCUGCCACAGAAGAACAACCAGAACCAGAGCAAGUGACGCCUGCCACAGAAGAACAACCAGAACCAGAGCAAGUGACGCCUGCCACAGAAGAACAACCAGAACCAGAGCAAGCGACGCCUGCCACAGAAGAACAAGUAGAACCUGAGCAAGUGACGCCUGCCACAGAAGAACAACCAGAACCAGAGCAAGCGACGCCUGCCACAGAAGAACAACCAGAACCUGAGCAAGUGACGCCUGCCACAGAAGAACAACCAGAACCUGAGCAAGUGACGCCUGCCACAGAAGAACAACCAGAACCAGAGCAAGCGACGCCUGCCACAGAAGAACAAGUAGAACCUGAGCAAGUGACGCCUGCCACAGAAGAACAACCAGAACCUGAGCAAGCGACGCCUGCCACAGAAGAACAACCAGAACCAGAGCCAAUCACAUCCGACCCUAUCGAUUCUGAGAGCAUCAAAGGAGAAUCACCUUAUGCCUCAGCUGAAAACCAUCCUGCUGAGGAAGACACCUUUGUCUCUGAUGCAGCAGCGGAGUCAGGAGCAGCAGAACCUGGCCCUGAGAUCAUCGUCUCAGAGUCUAUUUCAGAAGGCAGCCUCGCCGCUGAAUCCGACAACGCAAACGAAGAGGUGCCUUGCCCAGAACCUGAGGCGCAAACCAAGAUGGAAAAUGGAGAUUUAGAGAGCCCCUCUAGUCCAGAGAAUGUACCAGAAGCAGUUCCAGCCAUGAACGGGACUUGCAGCAAUAAUCUGGCCACACACACAGAGGAAUGUGUUAAUGGGGAUCAAAACCUCGAGGAAGCACCUCUCAAAGAGCAGAGUGAGUGUGAACGGAAAAAGGAGGUGGACUUCUGUGGAGAUGUCCAGGAAGUUCCUGAUGCUGUCUCAGACAUGGUGGAGGGUCUCAGCACUGAGGUCACCCAGGCAGUCUGAGACAAAGCCAUCUUCAACAUUGCUGCGAAUUCAGUUCGGUCCCCUGAUGGUGAAAGAGAGCCACCAAGCAAUCACAAUCACAGGCUUUCUGAAGCGCUUUAACCACUGCUUGGUCUUUUGUGGAAACUCAGGAAAAGUUCCCGAGUAUCAAAGAGGACACAACCACUUGAAGGUGCAGACUGAAGAAGACACAGAGGCAUGAGCAGACAGAGACUUGGGCGGCUAAUGUCAACCCAAAUGAAUAACAGACUUGGUACUAAUGAAUAAGUGAAUGAAUCUGUGUGUUUGAGACCGAUAAAUACUACAAACAGGGCCAUUUCAAACACUUUCACCAUUAACAUGUUAUCGGAUUUAGAAUUUCAACUAUUAUUUCAAUUACUAUACGAGACAACAUGACCUAAAUGUUUUGGCCUUUGAUAAAAAUAUCUGUAAGGACUGUUUGUGGAUUGAUGGGAAUGGAGAAUAAAAAGAUUGAAGUCCAGA